AAGAUUGUUGACCACAUGCAUGAUUGUUACAGCCAACUGGCAGAGAAAUUAGAGGUGAGCAGGUUCACAGGCAACAUCUCCGUGAUCAAUGCCCGAGACGCUACAGUCGUCGUCAACAGCACCAACAACAUACUGGAUAUGUACGCCAACUUCACAAGAGACAACUACACUAGAAGUCAGAGGGGUUUUGACUUGGCACGAAUCGUGCGAGAUGUGGGCGCAAUCCUCCAAACCCGCCUUUACCUAGACCAACAGCUCAACACAGCAGGAGGGCCAUCCACGGUAGUCCUUAUCGUGCCUUCAACCACUGCCGUUGUUAAUGACAACGACAAGAAUUACAUUUAUAGUCGGCUUAAUGACCUCAAGAAGAAUGUCCCAGACGCAAGAUUUAUGUUUCUCAACCCUGGAGCAAAAGACAAGUUCAGCUCUUUUGUGCAGGAUUCAUCAAAGGAUGUAUUUACACUUGCACUGACAGACAUUCCGACCUCUGUCGAUCCUGUGGUGACAAGAUUAAAACAAAUUCCAAGACGGGUAAUUAAUCCGGCCUGCUCAUAUAACUUCAACUCAGGAACUACAACAUCCAAUCUUGCCUUCAGAACAUAUAUAGAACCUGUGGGUGGUGUCCAGUAUUUUAGGAUCCACCCCAACUACUUCUUCAAAACCUCAGGAGGAACAAUAAAGAUAACCAGCACGAGCGGCAGAACGUUGAACAUCUGCCAGUCUCGGGUAAACACUCUGCCUGGAAACAACUCGCAGAGUGACACGUGUCGUCAGAUCACCUCAGACACAUACCAGAUUUAUAUCAACAAUGCGUGUGGAGACACAACACUCUCCUCUUGCAACCCCUUCUACUUUUCAAUCAGUGUCGUUCCUACAACGUCUACCUCCGGCAUGUAUUGUACAGAUGACAACUGCCGCUACCCGGACAGUGUUCAGGUAGACAUCCGACAAGACGGGCUGACCUGCGCCAGUGGAGCCUUGAGUUGCCUGAGGAACACCAGUCUGCUGCUGUUAGUGUCUGUGUUACUACAUCAGCUGUUUAACUCUUGACACUAUGUGGCUGUUGAAGUAUCCGUUCUACAAUCAUCUAAAUGCUGAAUAUGAAGUGUCUCAUUAUAGGAGGUUUGGUUUCAGUGAAACUUGACUCCAGUAUUCAGUACUCUAACCAACCCAAAGACUUUAAUGUGUGCUGAACUAAUUUAAUACAUGAAGCCCUAAAAUAUAACAAUAAUGUAAUAUUCUUUUAAUUGUGAAUGCAUUUGCUAGCAAAUUAUUUUUAAACUGCUGUAAUAUUGACAUUUAGGCUACAACACAAAAGUUGUGUUUUAACUGUAAAAUAUAGGUCGUUGACCAAGUAUAUAAGGGGCCAUGAAUCGUGAAACUAACCAGUUGUUUUUGUGUUUUAAUAUUAUACGCUAGGCAAAAUAAAUAUUUUGUUAUCAUUUUCACCUAUCAUAGUUAAACUAUUUUAUGUCCAUUACUUUAUUUUUUUUAAGUGAAACAUAAAAAACAAGUAUUACAUCAUUUUUAUGUUUAUGUGUUAAUUUUAGUUAUAAACUAUUCUUUUGAGUACAACUAAUUUUAGGUUCAAUUCUAUUUAUAGGGAACAAAGUGGUUUUUUUCUUUUGAGUUAAGAAUGAACUGAUAAUGAAUAAAAAGAUAUGCCUGAAAAACAUGGACACUGAACAUAACUAAUAAAUACAUAUAUUUUUUAAACACAUUCAUUGCUUUUAAAUUUGUUACGUUUUUUGUACAUAUUUUUGAAAAUAACACUCUAUUGUAUAUUUUUUAUGGUGAAAGAGAUAAUUUAUUUAACAGGAAAACCCAUGUAAAAAAUAUAAAAAUGAAUUUAACAUGAUUAUUUUAUUGUCUGCACUUUGUUACCAUAGGAUAAAUAGUGGAAGAUUUCAGCAUGGAAUAAAUUAUUAUUUACGUACUGUACAUACUUAUUUUAGUUUAUUUAAAUUUAAGAGUGGUGUCAUUUACAUUAUUUCAUAAUAGUAAAACGAUGGUAUAUUUAAUUAGUGUCAAUAUAAUUAUAUACUUAACUGAAUCUGUAAACUAUAUAGGUACCACUCGGCACAUAUACAGUACAUGACUAAUUAUACCUGGCAAUGUCAGUCUUAACAUAGCUAUACAAAACAAUAUGUAUGUAUAUGAUCAAACUAUUAUUAUUAUGUAUAUUGUCCAGUUAUAUAAGAAUUUAUGGUAUGGAUUUGCAGGGACAUGAAAUAAACCAUAUAUCACAAUAAAAUAAGCUUUUUAUUGCAUUUACUAGCAUGUAUGCUGAUGUUAAGAUUUUAACUAGAUUGAUGACUUUAUAAAUAAAAUAAAUAUAAACACAUGAAUAUACAUUAAUUUUCAACUGAGUUGAAAAUUAAUAUACAUUAAAAUAUACAUUAAUAUACAUUAGUGUUGACUGAGUUAGUGUUGAGUAGUUAUUGUUAAAGGUUAAAUGUAAGAAAGAGCCUCUUUAGCUCUAAUUUUGCUUUAUACUUCAUGCCUAAAGUAAAUAAACUAUUAAUUAACUAAAGACUUAAUAAUGCUGUUUAACCUGUAAUUAAUGAUCAGCUUAUUGUUGUAAGAGCUGAAAUUACAACAGCUCAUUUUUUACAAUUGGUACACUUUGUAUUAAGAUUUGUUUGGAUGCAGUAGAUGUUGUUUUGCCAAAUUAAUCAGUAAAUUUUGUUUGAUUUGUUUGUGUUUUAACCAAAUACCAGUUAUGACACAGAAGUAAUCAUUUACAGAAUGUCAUUAUUAUAUAUUUUUCUUACUGUUGAUAAGAGUAUUUACUAAAUUGAAUAUACAACAAAAUCUAGUAAUAGCUGAACUAUUACAUUUAAUAAUCGACUGAAUAUUUAAUUAAGGAUUUUUAAUUGAUUUUAUUUAAUAAAUUAAGUUAUUUAAAGUAAAUAAUAGGCAAAAUAUUCAAUGAUGUUCAAAAAUGACAGCAAUGAGUAAAUAAUUUAUAUCAGCUGAUCGUUAAUCAGUAGUUAAUUAUAUCAGCUGAUCGUUAAUCAGUAGUUGAACAGCGUCAUAACUUGAUCAGUGUAUUUUAAAUGGGGGAUUGUUUUCAGUAAAACCUUUAUUUGUUAAAACGAAACAAAUUUGGUAUCAAAAUGUUCAUUUAAAAGUAAAUCAUAUUUUACUAUUCUUAUAAAUUAUUCAUAACAUCUCCAGUUUUUGAGUUAUUACAAAUUAAAAAUAAUGUAUGACCGCUAUUUUAAACCUGAUAUAAUAUUUUUCUAAAACUUGUUUGAAAAGAGAUCUUGAUUAGACUAAAAAUAUUGAAAAAUUUGAACUUUAUAUAUUUACUUAGUUUAAAGAUAUAGUUUUCCAUAAAAAACACAAAUAGACAGAUAGACAAUAAACUAAGCAAGUUGGGAUAUACUUUACAUGACUUUUUUUUAAAUUUUGACCUGAGUAAUCAAAUGAUGAUAAAGUGAUUUGCAGACACUCUGUGUAUUACCAAAAAUACACGUACAUAGUAACGCUAUUGAUUUAUAUCAUAAUAAUAAGCCUACUCUUAUUUAACUUAAGUGAAAUAGAUUUGGAAUGCAAAGAUAAUAGUACUUUAUCAUGGAAUUCAAAACUAUGAAAAGUGAUUGUAAUAAAAUAAUAUUUCAAUACUAUCUUGAAUAUCCACACAUGUUCUCCCAAGUUAUCUUUUAGAAAUCGCUAAAAGAAAUGCAUCACUCACUGCCUUAUCUAUUAUUUUAAAAUAAUGUUAUAUAUCUGUAUUGUUUUAAAAAAAUAAAUAUUUGUAUUUAUAA